ACCACAACUAUUUAAUGCCCCCAUCGUUUUCACUACCGUCACCGUAAAUAUUCUUACAUGCGAGCUACGAUAUAUGGGGAGAACAAAACCAGCCUGAUUUUGAGGCUGCGGUUGUGUGGUAAUUAGUGAGUUGAUGACUUUUUAUCGCAGAUUUUAGUAAUCCUAGGUAAGAUGUGUGUGUGUUUUAGUGAGAGAAAGAAAGAGAGAGAGAGUGAGAAAUAAAAGUGGGUCCCAUCCCCACCGCCCAUGCGGCCAUGCGCACGCCUUAUAUUUACCAAACUCCACAUCGAACACCCCAUGCCCCCCCCCCCCCCCACCCCCCACCCUCACCCCCAUCCGUCGAUCCAAUCCUCUCUACUGACCUAACCCUAACCCAAACCAUACUUAGCUCCUAAACUAAAGCCCCCAAACAUAAAAACAUCAACUUUCCAAACUCUCUCUCUCUCUCUUGAUAUAAGCUCAACAAGAAAAAUAGAAUUGUCACAUGAGAGCGGUGGGAAAGGGAUGGUGGAUUCAGCUCAAAUCUUGGUGUGGGAUCAAUCCACAAUUCUUGGUGAAGGUUAAUUAGCUUCCUACUAUGUGUUAAUUUCCCACUCAAAUUCUUCACAAGAAAAAGCUAGCCAAACAAAGAAGAAGAAAAUCCCAACAAUUCAUCAAGAUUUGAAGCAUAUUUCCAUCAUCACACACAAAAAGGUAACCCAAGUCAUUCGAGAAGCUUCUACAAGUCGAGAUAAUCAGCUAGCGAAGUGGAAGAGAUAUGGAUCAGCUCGCUCACGGCCGCCCCCUCCCGCCGCCGUUCCACGCCAGAGAUCUCCAACUCCACCACCACCACCACCACAACCACCACCAGCAGCAGCAGCAGUUCCAGCAGCACAAUCCCGUCGACGACGAGCAGAGCGGCAACAGCCGCCCCAUAAAGCGAGAUCGCGACGAGAAUUACGCCCCCGCCCCGGCCCCCGCCGCGGGGGAGGGGAAUAGGGAAUUCUCCCCCGCGGCGUCGGACCAGAACGAGGUGACGCGGCGCCCCCGGGGGCGGCCGGCGGGGUCGAAGAACAAGCCGAAGCCGCCCAUCAUCAUCACGCGCGACAGCGCCAACGCGCUCAGAUCCCACGUGAUGGAGGUCGCCGGCGGCUGCGACAUCCAGGAGAGCGUCUCCGCCUUCGCCACGCGGCGGCAGCGCGGCGUCUGCAUCCUCAACGGCAACGGCACCGUCAACAACGUCACCCUCCGCCAGCCCUCCGCCCCCGGCGCCGUCCUCACCCUCCACGGCAGGUUCGAGAUCCUCUCCCUCUCCGGCUCCUUCCUGCCCCCGCCCGCGCCCCCCGCCGCCUCCUCCCUCACCAUCUACCUCGCCGGCGGCCAGGGCCAGGUCAUGGGCGGCACCGUCGUCGGCCCCCUCGUCGCCUCCGGCCCCGUCGUCAUCAUGGCCGCCUCCUUCGGGAAUGCCGCCUACGAGCGCCUCCCGCUCGACGACGACGACGCCGCCGCCCCCGGCCAGCUCGAAUCGCCGGCCAUCGGCGGCCCCCAACAGCUCAUGGCUGAUCCAAACGCCAAUUUGUUUCAAGGAAUGCAGCCAAAUAUGAUGAAUUCCUUACCACCUGAAGCUUACUGGGCCACAGCUCGCCCCCCAUUCUGAUUUAAACAAAAAACAAAAAAAAAGGAAACCCUAAUUUUGCAAAUUAAUUUGCAUUCAAUCUACUUCUGUGAUUUCAGCUAAGAGUAGCAGCAGCUUCUUAUUUUCUCCUUCUUUUUUCCUUUUUUUUUUCUCUUAAAAUAUGGUUUGAUGAUCUGGAUAAUUUUAUUAGCUUGCGGUUUGAUUGGAGAGGGGAUGUACAAAUUCAUGAAUUGUUUGUGGUUUUUCAUGCUAUGGUCGAUGAGAAUAGCUUAAUUAAUUUCA